UGACAUCAAAAAAGUAUUUUGUAUUUAGCGUUAUAUGACUUUGAGCCAGUCAAAUACGAAAAGUUUUCUCUCAAGUCCAAGUUCUUUCGUCUUGAAGGGACCAUUUUUGUGAACUUUCUAAUUGGACACCCACUUUUCCGAUUAUUCUGCCACCACGUGAAUGCACCUGUGGUCUUAGAAUCUAAAUGUAUUUCAUGAUUGUCACAAACCUGCAGCUGUCAUUAAUAAUUCAUCAUACCUUGCCUAUAAAAUGGAUAACGAAGAGCAGGAAAACUAACUCUAUAGCUUAUUGACUCUCCCCAGUCGUCACUUCAGUGCUCCACAUGUCUUCGCCACAUGUUUUCACCACAUGUCUUCACCAUAGGUCUUCACUUUGUUUCCUCUCAAGUCUCGACACGCCUCUCUGUAGUCGUCUUCACGGCAGCUACAAUGUUUCGUAGCUCCGUUAACAUCCAGGGUAUGAAACAGCUAACAUUUGGGCUAACCCUUGUUCGACAUGGGGAAACACGUUACAAUAAAGAAGGCCUGUUACAAGGCCAGGCUAUAGACUGUCCCUUGUCUGAGAUCGGGCUGCAGCAGGCAAAAGCCGCAGGUCGUUACCUGAAAGAUGUCAAGUUCAGCAACGUGUUUGUCAGUGACAUGCAGCGGGCUCAGCAGACUGCUGAAGCAAUACUGAAACGCAGCAGCAGGUGUUCUGGUCUACAGAUGGUGUGCGAGCCUUUACUUAAAGAGAGGAGCUUUGGGACUGCAGAGGGAGGACGGGUGCAGGACUUUAGAGAGAUGGCCAAAGCUGCUGGUCAGUCCGUUCUGAGCUUCACAGCACCUGAAGGGGAGACGCAGGAGCAGGUGAAGGAGCGGGUCAAAGAGUUUUUGGAGAAAAUGCUCCUGCACAUUGGGGCCGACCACUGGCAUGACUUAGGGGAGGAUGAAGCCGACUUAUCUGCUCCACAACAAACUCCUCCUGCUGAGGGAAAGGCAGACGAUGGGGUCAGGGGCGUCCCCGUCCACGCUCUGGUUGUCACCCACGGGGCCUACAUGUGUGUAGCAGUGCGCUACUUUGUGGAGGAGUUAGGUUGCUCCUUGCCUCAGGGUUCGGACAAAGCACACGUGUUCUCUCUGAGUCCUAACACAGGGAUAUGUCGGUUUUUACUAACCAUGAGGAAAGAGGACGGCAGGUUCAAAUUGGCGGAGAUGUGCUGUGUGUUUGUGCACAGAGGAGACCAUGUUAAAUAGAGGAAUUUGAGAAAUA